AUGGAUUCAACAAACGAGAGUAGUAAUAGUAGAUAUCGUGUAAUUUUGUUGCCAUGGUUAGCCUAUAGUCACAUAUCGCGAUUCCUUGCCUUUGGCAAAGGACUCGCAAACCACAAAUGCUUCGAUAUCUACUUAUGUUCGAGCCAAGUGAACCUCCAAACCCUUAGAAAAAACCUUCCUGAGAGAUACUCUCAAUCCAUCACACUUGUGGAACUUAACCUUCCAUCCUCAUCUAGCCUCCCUCUUCACUACCACACCACCAAUGGCCUCCCACCCCAUCUUUUGAAAACCCUAACAGCCGAUUAUGCAAAAUCAUUUCCAGGUUUUGAGGUCAUAAUCCAAAACAUCCGCCCUCACCUACUCAUAUAUGAUUUCAGUCAGUUGUGGGCAAUAGACGCCGCUACGUCUAUGAAUAUCCCUAGUGUUAUGUUCUUGAGUGGAUGUGUACCGAUGUUCGCCAUGGGUGUCCAUUCCGCCCUCAGACCAUCAAGUGAAAAAUUCCCUUUUCCUGAAAUGUAUUUUAAAGAUCAUGAAAUUGCACACAUGAAAGCGAUCGGGAGACAUAUACCACCACCGCCAACGGGCGAGAUAAAGACUACGUCUCAUCCCUUUUUUGAAUGCAUUAAUAGGUCACGUGACAUCAUCUUGGUUAAAAGUACACGAGAGCUAGCGGGUAAAUAUAUCGAUUACAUGUCUCAAGUUGUUGGAAAGAAGGUGUUGCCUGUUGGUCCCUUAGUUGAAGAAAACUCGAAAGAAGCUGUCAACGAGCAUGUUCACCUUUUUCAAUGGCUCGACAAGAAGGAAGAGUCUUCGGUUGUUUUCGUGUCUUUUGGAAGUGAAUAUUUCUUAUCUGAUAACGAUAUAGAAGACAUAGCCUUCGGUUUAGAGCUUAGCCAAGUAAUUAGUUUCAUAUGGGUCAUAAGGUCUCCCGAGGGUGCGAAAACUAGGAGUGUUGAACAAGUACUCCCACAUGGGUUCCUUGAAAGGAUUGGAGAUAGGGGUAUGGUUACAGACAAAUGGUUGCCACAGGCCAAGAUUUUGAGCCAUUCGAGCACCGGAGGGUUCAUUAGUCACUGUGGAUGGGGAUCGGUUAUGGAAAGCAUUCACUAUGGUGUUCCAGUCAUAGCGAUGCCGAUGCAGUUUGACCAGCCAUUCAAUGCGAGGCUUGUGGAAACUUUGGAAGUUGGCAUCGAUGUUAGCAGAGAUGGAGAUGGAAGGCUGAAGAGGGAGGAAAUGGCGGAGGUGUUGAAAAAGGUGGUGGUGGAGGAUAGCGGUGCGACCAUAAGGAAAAAUGCCAAGGAGUUGGGUGAGAUCAUGAGGAACAAAAUGGAUCAAGGUGUUGAUAAGGAAGUUAUAGAAAAUUUGAUCAAGCUUUGUCAAAUGAAGAAUUGA